AUGACAACGCAUGGUCUUAUUGCGCGAAGACGUCUCGUAGUACAAGUUGGACUAAAUCGUAUCAGCGCAGCUGAUAACCGCGCACAAAACCAUAAAGCGUUCGAGUUGAUCGUGCAUCCGGAAUACAGCGUCAACAGUAUCCGACACGAUGUCGCUCUGAUUGUGCUCGAAACCGACAUCACCUACACCGACUACAUCCAACCGGUUUGCUUGUGGAAUCGAGACGAUGAUUUGAACGCGAUCGUUGGCACCUGGGGCACGGUGGUCGGAUUCGGUAUUGAUGAGACCGAUGAGGUUUCCGACACACUGCGUGAAGCUAGCAUUCCCGUCGUUAACCACAUCACCUGCAUCGAAAGCAACCGAGAACUGUUUGGCUCACAGCUUACAUCGAAUAUGUUUUGUGCUGGCAAUCGUGAUGGGAUCGGGGCGUGCAACGGCGACAGCGGAGGAGGUUUAUUCUUCAACUACAGUGACACCUGGUUCAUUCGCGGAGUCGUGUCUUUCACAAAGCCUCGUCAAUACGGGAAUUAUUGUGGUACGAACGAAUACACCGUUUUUACUGAUGUGGCGAAAUACUUGAGUUGGAUCGAGCAACAGAUGGGUGGAAAAGAUGGUCAAUCGAUUGCGACAGGGAUUGCAAACGGUCAUAAAAUCGGGUUGCUACCGAUGUCAACCUGUGGUCCCAAUCCGUAUGCAAGCCGGGAAGAAUUAUCAAAGCCGGUUCUGCUCGGAUAUCCUUGGGUGGGUUUGGUAGAGUGUACUGCAAAAGAAACGUUCGAGAAGCGUAUAGUAUGUGAGGCAACUUUAAUAAGUGACUUAUCAUCCGUACUGAUGGGGGAGUACGACAUAAACUCGCCGAAGGAUUGUUUAAAUGUGGAUGGACAAAUGGUAUGUUCGCCUCCCGUUCAAACGCUGCGCAUCGAAUCAGUAAUUGCACACACGGGCUUCAACAGACCGAUACGUUUUGCGGACGAUAUUGCACUCAUACGAUUGCGCGACCGAGCGGACACUAGCUGGAGCAAUGUGAAACCAAUCUGUCUGCCGGUAACGAGUGAGCUACGCAGCCUGAAGCCAACCCACGUUACACUGACCACAUGGGAACUUUUAACAGGUGGCAACUUGCUGGAAAGGACACUACGCGAGACUAUCGAUACGACCGAAUGCGAAAAGUUGCUUAGAGAUAAUUUUUUAAUCGCGCGGUUAACGGCACGUCAGAUAUGUAUCAAGCCCCAUCUAAACUCGGACUGCAAGCUGUCCCUUUCAGGGGCUCCACUGCAGGUUGUGCAGAAAGUGCAAGGCGAAAGUCGAUAUGUGUUGUAUGGCGUGGCGUCGGUGGGACCAAACAACUGUACGGAUCCUAUUCCAGACAUUUACACGAACAUUGCCAGCUACGUGGAUUGGAUACUAGAAAACAUACAAGAAUAG